AUGGCAACCGCGCAUGGAUUCGCGCUGGUAACACCCGCUUCUCGCGGAAUAGGCUUUGCUUUUGCUCAGCAACUACUUUCGCAAACUAAUCUCCCAGUUGUCGUCACAGCGCGGAAGAACUGCGAUGAAGUUCGCGGGAAACUGCUAUCUGGCAAAGGAAUACCUUCCGAUGCAGAAAAAAGACUUCGUAUAUUAAAAGUUGAUGUGAAGGACGAAUCCACGAUAUCAUUAAUGGCCGAUACAAUUCGCAAAGAAUUGCCAGAGACGCCACUUCGCCUAGCUCUCACACUUCCUGGAAUCUUACAUGUCGAGAAAUCUCCUUCUCAAAUUGAUGCUGCCAAUGCACUGGACAGUUUCAAAGUGAACGCGCUUGGUCCACUUCUUCUCAUGAAACACCUAUCCCCAUUUCUCCCAAACAAGUCCGCAUCUGCAUUCCCGACUUCCGAAGGAAAGCUGCAGCUACCAGCGCACGCCAUCUAUGCUAUGAUGGCGGCGCGGGUGGGUUCAAUUUCUGACAACGCAUCCGGGGGAUGGUACUCGUAUCGUGCGAGUAAAGCCUCCGUAUAUCAGGUUGCCAAGACGUUUGAUUUGUAUCUGCGUGGCCGCUGCGCUGAGAGGGCUAUUGCGGUUGCGUUGCACCCGGGCACCGUGAAGACGGAUUUUACGAAGGAUUAUUGGAAGGGAAGGGAUUUAUUGGAGCCGUUAGAUGCGGCUGAUAGACUGUUGAGUGUCAUCACGGGAUUAAAACCGGAUGUAGAUGGGGGGAGGGGGAGGUGCUGGGAUUGGAAGGGGAAGGAGGUUAUCCCCUAG